CUUAACCAAAAUGAGUCAUGAAGGUUCCCGGUCUAAGGAAGGUCUGAUCGAGAAGCCAAAUUCUGCUGAUCUACAGGAAGAAGUUAUCCCAUAUGCAGAAGCUGUGAAGAAAAUGGUGGCUUAUGCGGGGCCUACUGCUGGAGCUCUGUUAGCGAAAAGGAUCCCUGAUCUUUAUAGCUAUUAUGUCAUUGGUAGGAUGGGAGACCCUAGAUUUACAUCAGGUGUCGGGCUGGGAAUUAUGCUGAGCGGAAUGUUCUGAGUUAGCCUUGGAAUAGGCUUAUUUGGCGGCAUUGAUACUCUUUGUUCCCACGCUUUUGGAAUGGGGAAGAAUUAUCUAGCAGGAAGGUAUUAUACCAGAGCUCAAGUCGUCCAAACAGCUUUGUUUGUCCCACAAGCAAUCUUUUUGUAUUAUUCUGAUUAUUUUCUGAUGUUAAUUGGGCAACCUGAGCAAUCUUCUAUAUAUGCUGGAGAAUACCUCAGAAUUAUGAUUCCUGGCUUAUGGGCAUACUGUCAAACGGAGUGUUUAAGGAGGUUUCUUGGUACACAAGGAUCAUUUAAAUUAAUGAUGAUAACUCAGAUUAUCAGCACUCUUUCUCAUUUCUUUUGGAUUUAUUUAUUCGUGUCUUAUCUUGAGCUAUCCUUUCAUGGAAUUGGGUAUGCCACAUGAAUGACACAAUUUGUAAAUCUAAUGGCUCCCAUUCUUUAUAUCUGAUAUGACAAUUCAGUUGUCAAGCCCGACUGAUGGCACUGGAUCAACGGAGACUCCUUCAUUGGAUUAUAUGAGUUCUUAAAAUUUGGAAUUCCCUCAAUGAUAAUGAUUACUUUCGAAGUUUGGGCUUUUGAGGCUCUUGAAUUCAUAGCUGGAUAUGUUGGGGAGCUUGAACUUGGUGUCUUUGUAAUCUUUUGGAACUAUAUUCUCCUUAUAUUUAAUUUUCCUGCAAGUCUUCAAAUAUCUUCAAAUUCAUUGAUUGGCAACGCUCUUGGAGCUUCCAAGCCUAAAGAUGCUAAAGUUUAUAUGAAUGUUGCUGUCUCUGCUGCUCUCAUUUGUGGAAUUACAAUAAGUGUUAUGUCCUGUCUUUUAAGAUCUCAGAUUAUUGGUCUGUAUACUACUGAUGAAGCUCUGAAAACUCUGGCUGUAGCCACAAUGCCUUGGAUCUGCCUUUCAUUUGUGGGAGAUAACUUGCAAGGAGCGACACAAGGAGUCAUCAGAGCGAUGGGGUGCCAGGACUUCGGCACUCUGAUCUGUCUCAUUGGGUAUUGGGUCAUCUCGAUUCCCUUGACUUUUGUGUUUACUUUUUACCUGGAUUUUGGAAUAGUAGGAAUGUGACUGGGACUUCCAAUUGGCCUUAUGUUUGUUGGGCUCUCGUUUGUUGCCAAAAUGUAUACCAUUAAUUUAGAGAAGCUGUCAGAAGAGGUCACUGACAGAAUCAAAGAUCAAUCUCAAAAUAAACAUAACAUCGGAGGAGGAGAAUCAUUGGAGCUUCAAAACAGAAGUUUGUCUGGUUACAUCUAAUUCAGAGUAAAGGUAUCUUUCCAAUGAGUGUUUAUUUUCAGGCUAU